AUGGUGUACUUGGUAAAAGAAGAUUGGAAAUACGUUGCAAUGGUGCUCGACAGAUUAUUUCUAUGGAUAUUCACGCUGGCCGUGCUAGUGGGCACGGCCGGCAUCAUCCUGCAGGCGCCCACGCUCUACGACGACCGGGUGCCCAUAGACAAGCACUUCAACCAGUACGCCACCUCGUCUCUGGUGCGAUGUCCGCCGCCCGCGUAAUACCAUACUCAAAACCCGACGAUGCACUAUGAACCAAAAGCCCAAUCUAGCUGGACAAAAAGGGUCAUCGCAUAUCUUUCAUUCGUUUAGCAAAAACGAUAGCUUAAUAACCAGAGGUUACGAUUCAGUCAUUAUUUUUAGCAACUAUCCUCUGAUAAUUUAGUAAUUUUAAGACGAACUUGAACAAGUGAGUAUUUUACGAUCAAAUUAUUCACUUUCUUGAGGUUGAUAUAUCAGUGUCUCCUGAUUAAUUCUAAUACAAUUGUGAAAAUUUUUGUUAUGGAUCGUGAAGUAGAAGGUACGUAUUA